UUUUUUUGAAUUUGUAGUAAAAGCUCACUCUCCUUGGGAUUUCAACCCAGGGAACCACCAAACAUACGGUCCGCCAAUUUUAUGGGCCUCUAAAGAUGCCCAAGAAAACUGCACUUCUGGAAUUAUUAAAAGGAAAAAAGCCAUUAAUGACGGCUGUCAUCGGCGCACGCCAAGCUAGUAUAGCCGUUGGCGCUCUGGAGAGGGCUGUUUCGUAAUGCCCUAUACUCUCUAUCCACUAGGAAUAUUAAAAACAAUACGUCAGAUCAACUGGUACCAUUAGCAGAACAACUCCUCCUAUAUACAUUAUUCGCUUCAAUUAUGCCCGGCAAAAAGAGAAAACGAAAAAUGGCAACCGUGACAGAGAGGAAUGCAGAGGUAGUAGAUUAUGAGCAUGUGAGGAAUGCACGCAUUGAGGAGAACAAGAAGCGAAUGCAGGAGCUGGGUCUUUUGAAUCUGGCGAAACAAGUCUCGGAAACUCGAAAGAAGCGCCCUCGCUCACAAGCCCAAAGUGUACCGCCCCGGGGUUCGAUCCCGCUACCUCCCAGACGUUCUUCCAGGCUGCAGAAUGCAACCCCUGUUAGCUAUGCAGAACUCCCAAAGUGGAAUGAAACAAGUGAAACAACUUACAACACUGAAAUUUACACUGAAGAGCACGAGAAGCUUCUUGGGUCAUGUGAAUCUGAAUGGGUUCUCUUUCAAGAUGGAUAUGGACCAGAUGGCAAUCGGAUUUAUGACUCUGUCAAAGGAAAGACAUGCCAUCAAUGCAGGCAGAAGACACUUGGGCUUCGAACGCACUGCAGCACAUGCAACUUAGUUCAAGGACAGUUUUGUGGAGAUUGUCUGUUUAUGAGAUAUGGAGAAAAUGUCUUGGAAGUAAACAAAAAUCCAGAAUGGAUGUGCUCAGUUUGUCGGGGUAUUUGUAAUUGCAGCUUGUGUAGAGUUAAGAAAGGUUGGGCUCCUACUGGCUAUCUAUAUAGAAAGGUAACAAAUGAAGGUUUCAAAUCAGUUGCACACUACUUAAUUCUUACUCGAUGCUCUUCCACACAAUCAGAGAGCACGGAUACCAUUUCCUCUAGUUGCCGCAUUGAAGAUAAUAAAGAUGAUACUUCACUCAAUGGUGCAAAAAGAUCUCUGAAAUUUGCUUCUUUGCCCAAUGUAUUGAGUGGAAAGGGAGAGGAAAAGAAUUCUUUCUCCAAUUCAGAAUGUUCCGAGAGAGGCGAAAGUGAUUCUUUGCCCCGUUUAACUGAAGAACCAAACAUUUGUGAUAUCAAAAGGCAUCAUUCAGAUGAAAAAAUUGUAUCAAUAGCAGCAUCCCAGACUGAUUGUGGAGAUGGUGAAAUCAUAUUAAAUGAGGAGCCUGAAAAAAAUGAAAACCAGAGAGAGUCAUCAAAAGCAGUAACACAGAAUUGUUAUGGAGAUGUUGAAAUCAUUUCAGUUGAGGAGCCUGAACAGGAUAAAAACCUGAGAGAAUCAUCAAAAAUAGCUUCAUCACAGAAUGAUGCUGAAAUCAUUUUAAAUGAGGAGCCUGAAAAAGAUAAAAUCCAGAAAGAGUCAUCAAAAGAAGCAACACAGAAUGGCUAUGGAGAUGUUGACAUUUUUUCAACCGAGAAAGCAGCAUCACAGGAUGAUUAUGGAGAUGUGGAAACCAUUUCAACUGAGAAGCCCAAACCGGAUAAAAACCAGAUAGAGACAUCAAAAGCAGCAACAGAGAAUGAUUGGGGAGAUGUUGAAAUCAUUUCUGUUCAGGAGUCCAAACAGGAGAAAAACCAGAGAAAGCCAUCAAGACGCAACACUUAUCCACAAGGUGGUAUAGCAGAACGUUUGAGGGCAAGAACUGCCAGAAAGCCAAGCUCUUGAUGAAUUCCUGGACUGUCAGCAGUUCUGAAAUUUCUCGAGAAUGUUCUAAUUAGAAGAGCUCGCACAAGCUCAAACGUUCUAAUUGAAUGAUCUUAUGUUUGGAAUUAAUCAUGGUACUCUUGGAGUAGGGAGUUUGUUUUGAAACAAGCUUUAGUUGUGUCGUAACAUUUUAUCUACUGAAAAGCCAAUGAUACGUCUAUAUUUGGUUUGUGAGAAAUCCUCAAUUGUAAUUUAAUCGACUGCUUCAGGCAUAUAAGGACUUGGGCAUCGGUGUCCUUACAUUUUAGAUUGGGAUCAGACAUUUUUCAA